GCCCGCAGCGAGCCGUUGGCGCCGGUGGUGGCGAAGUGUGUGUGUGUGUGUGUGGAGCCCGCGCGCCCGGUCGCAAUCAGAACCAACCGCCGCCCGCCCGCAUCUCCCCGACAGAAACAUCUCUUCAUGGCUUAGAGCACAAUUGCCAAAAAGUAUCUCUCACAAACAAAAUCCGAGUGUAAACACAGCCUGCCACAGAUGUCUGAAUCGUAUUUCUGUAAUCGCCUCGCAUCUAGAACACCAUCAGGGGAAUAUAAAUAAACCACCUAUUCAAAUUCUACGAAUGAAGAAUGCACCAGUAGAAAAUGGCAUAAUACCGUUAAGGCACUGGCAGAUUCAGUCAUGUGUAACAAAGCACUCUGUGAAGAGUAUUGAAUCAUAAGACUGGGACUCCUGUUUGCUUGAACGUCGGAACUCUUAGAAAAUGCAAUAAAUCUCUCAGCUACAUGUGUAGGCACGCCCAGUCUGGCCUGGAUUUAGUGGAGAAGAAGGCCUCAACCAAGCCUUGAAGACCAUUUUCCCCCUCAAGAGUUCAGCUGCGAUGUGCGUUAAGAUAGCACUGGGAUAGAGUUUGCGGACUAACAGGCUUGCCAUCCAUAAGGAAUACAAGACUGACUUUUUAACAUUUUUCUUUUUGGGCAACUUGUUUCUGCAACUUCUGGUAUGAACGCCGUGUGUUUCUGAAGACGAUUUGCGCGAGAAAGGCUGCCGUUGCCUUGAGUGUCUCUUGGCCUUUCUCCAGUUUGAUGUACUGACCAUUCAUGGUGCACAUGUAAAGACCAUCUUGCUUCAUCAUGUCAAGCAACAGAAGUUCGUGCACUCCACCGGGCAGUGGACAUGUAAAUGGUUAUCCCGUGCCCCACUAUCCAUUCUUCUUCCCGCCGGUCCUGGGAGGUCUAUCACCGCCAUCCAUAAACGGACUGCAACACCAGCUUCCAGUCAGUGGCUACAGUACUCCUUCACCUGCAACCAUAGAAACGCAGAGUACUAGCUCAGAGGAGAUUGUGCCUAGUCCACCUUCCCCGCCCCCUCCUCCACGUGUAUACAAACCCUGCUUCGUCUGCCAAGACAAGUCAUCAGGUUACCACUAUGGAGUCAGCGCUUGUGAAGGAUGCAAGGGUUUUUUCCGAAGAAGUAUCCAAAAGAACAUGGUCUACACCUGCCACAGAGAUAAGAACUGCAUCAUCAACAAAGUCACCCGCAAUCGGUGUCAGUAUUGCCGACUACAGAAGUGCCUAGAAGUUGGCAUGUCCAAGGAAUCUGUGCGAAACGACAGGAACAAGAAGAAGAAGGAGACGCCCAAGCAAGAGUGUUCGGAAAGCUACACAAUCACACCCGAGACGGAGGAUCUAAUAGAGAAAGUCCGCAAAGCCCAUCAGGAAACCUUCCCCGCGCUGUGUCAGCUUGGCAAAUACACUACUAAUAACAGCGCGGAGAAGCGAGUAACAUUAGACAUCGACCUCUGGGACAAAUUUAGCGAACUCUCGACUAAAUGCAUUAUCAAGACCGUCGAGUUUGCCAAACAUCUUCCUGGAUUUACCACUCUAACCAUUGCUGACCAAAUCACCCUCCUCAAAGCUGCCUGUCUAGACAUCUUGAUUCUGCGAAUCUGUACCAGAUACACACAGGAUCAGGACACCAUGACGUUUUCGGAUGGCCUUACCUUGAACAGGACACAGAUGCAUAAUGCAGGCUUUGGUCCCCUUACUGAUCUGGUUUUUGCAUUUGCCAAUCAAUUGCUGCCACUGGAGAUGGAUGACGCGGAGACUGGGCUCCUGAGCGCUAUCUGCCUCAUUUGUGGAGACCGGCAGGACUUGGAGGAGCCGGAGAAAGUGGAUAAGCUGCAGGAGCCGCUGUUGGAAGCUCUGAAGAUCUACGUGAGGAAGCGGCGGCCAAACAAACCACACAUGUUCCCCAAAAUGCUGAUGAAGAUCACAGAUCUGCGCAGCAUCAGUGCCAAAGGAGCUGAGCGGGUGAUCACCCUCAAGAUGGAGAUUCCCGGAUCGAUGCCGCCCCUCAUUCAGGAGAUGCUGGAGAAUUCUGAUGGCAUUGACCCUUCCUCCUCACCCUGCAGUAAGAGCAGUGCUGCCCGGCCCUGCAGCAGCCCCAGCCUGUCUCCCAGCUCAGCCAGCAGCAGCAGUCCCAACACCCAGUCAUCGUAGCUUCCCGAGGCCACAGAGGAACAAGCGGGCCGGACUCCCGCUCACGGGGACGUUUGAAGUGUUUGCAAAAAGACGAAGUGUUCACGGGAUGGGCCACAGUAUUGUUUGCCACGCACUCUGCAGCUUGUGGAAGGCCGUCCAGACUGGGUCGUAACUUGCGCCUCAGCCGGGCUGGAAGUCACGUGCUUAACUAUGGUGGACAUCGAAUUCAGGGUUGUGCUGGGCACCAGAUACGGUGUGCACACGCACGCACACACCGGCACUCACGCACGCGAACCUAAACACAGACGCACGCAUGCAUGUGUGCACGCACAACACGCGCCUAAACGCAGACAUACACAAUGCAUACGCGUGGAACACACGGCUAAACAGACACGUAAGAUGUGCGCAUGUGACACGCACACACACACAACCAAACACGCACACACGUGCACAAGCAACACACACCUAAACACAGACACACUAGGAGAGUGUGAAGAUGACACGCACACGACAUGCACAUGCCACACAUGCACACAAACGUGCGUGUGCCGCGCACGCACGCACCCACAAGACGUGUGCAUGCCACACAUACACAGAAAAAUACCCACCAUCCAAAAUAGGAAUCGGCAGUUGUCAAACGAAACUGCACCUCCUGUUGUAAGCCUUCAGCUUCUGGGUUUAGAAUGACUUACUGCUAGGAGAGAAACGAUGAAGACCAUUGCGUUUAUUUUUUUUAAAAAUAUUUUUCCUCUCCUUUUGUUUAUCUUUCAUAAUCUGAUAUAAUACUAGUUGAUAGACUGGAUUCCCCAGCCCAAAAUCCAAAGUAGUGUCCAAACAUGAGGAAUUUGAACAAAAGAGAAGUUUAUAUGAAAUGAAACAUUUAAUGGAUUAUUUUUGUUGGAACUGUUUUAAAAAUUGGACUUACCAGAGGAGGAAGAAGCAAAAACACGAUGAAGUUGCUACAUUUUUGAGAAGAGUUGCAAACAAACUGGACGAUAAUGAAGGUAGCUAGGUUACACUAGGGAUGACUGUAAAUAUGCUGUUCAGUUUAAUGUACUCACAAGAAGUUCUUUUA